AUGAUUUCACUCAAUGAGGUAGAUGUAAAUAAACAACAGCAACAACCAUUAAAUCAACAACAAUUAAGUAGUUCUUCUUCCCCAACAAAAAGAGAGGGAUGUUGCUAUUCACCGCCCCCAUUGUUGUUUGAUUCAACAACAACCACAACUUCUUUAGAAAUUUUUCGUCCAGACUCGGCAUCGUCCUCUGCUGACUUUUACCAAUUGCCUAAAGCACCGCUUAGUCAAGAAUUAAUUAGAGAACCUCCAGUUGUGUUGGUGCCUGUUAUGGGAGAGGAAUACGAAUUUAACGAGAAGUCAGAAACUCAUUUUUCCCCCAAAAGUGCCAAUCCCAAAAAUAUUAACAAAACAACAAAACCCCCUCCAGCUUCACAACAAAAAAGUGUUCAUUGGGGAGAGUCUGUUUGUAUACAACCUUCCCCUAUUCCUUCAACAUCAACAACACCUUCAUCUCCUUCCUCACUUCCAUCCUCUACAAAUUCAUUUCGUUCUUCUCAACGUUUUCCAGUUCAAAUGGAAGAGGAAAUAAACAAACAACAGCCUUUUAAUAAACCUGAAAUUCAGCCUAAUAGAGAAGAUUCAUCUCAACUCACAAAUCAACAACCCAACCAACUUCCCGACGAACCAAUAAAAUCCCCAACAAUCAUUAGACGUCAACGUCAACAACAUUUUGAAAGGCACUUCAGUCCAUCCCCAACAGAAAUAUAUUUAAAAUGCCCCCCUAUACCCCCAAAACAAUUUAAAAAUAAAAUUGAACAUGGGAGGGAUAUUUGGGAGGAAAAUUCUGUUCCUCCAUUGCCUCCAAAGCCUGAACAUCUUAAAAGGAGCAGAGAGGGAAAUUUGGUUUUAAAUCAAAAUUUGCAUCGAAGCAUCGACAAUUUACAACAAUUUCAACAACAACAAACCCCUUCUUCAUUAUUAAAACAACAAAUAAAUUCGAGUAAUUCAUCAAAUAAUUUAUUUAAAUUAUACCAAACAAGGGAUUGUUUGGGUAGAUUAGUUUGUGAAUGGUAG